UAAGCUGAAAACCCGCAAAGACCACAUUAACACAGGGGCUUAACAUUGUGGAUAAGGAUGACUAGCUGCGCGAACAAAAUGGUGAUUUUCUACUUAUAUGCACAGGUGGCGUUUGGAGUGCUGACUUGGGCGCAGAUGUGCCCAUCCAGAUGUCGUUGUCCAGAGGAACCACCGAUGUGUGGACGCGGAGUGCCACUGAUUCUUGACGACUGCGCGUGCUGUCUGGUCUGCGCGAGGCAAAUGGGAGAGAUUUGCUCCGAGCUCACGCCGUGUGACGCCCGGAAGGGUCUGCGCUGUGAUUACGGAGCGGGAGCGCACAAAAGGACCGGAGUAUGCGCAGCUCACAAGGGAGACGUGUGCAUCGUGGACGGCUCCGUCUACCAGAACGGGGAGACCUUCUUCCCCAGCUGCAAGUACCAGUGCACCUGUCGUGACGGCCAGAUGGCGUGCGUGCCGCGCUGCAACCUGGACGUGAUGCUCCCGGGGCCCGACUGCCCGUUCCCGCGCCGGGUGCAGGUGCCGGGAGAGUGCUGCGAGAAGUGGGUGUGCGAGCCACAGGCGGAGUCCAGCGCCCUGGGAGGAUUCACCGGGCUGGCAGCCUACCGCCAAGAGGAGACGCUGGGCUUUGACGCGUGGGACCCCAGCGUGAACUGCAUCGAGCAGACCACCGAGUGGUCGGCCUGCUCUCGCUCCUGCGGCAUGGGGCUGUCCACCCGGGUCACCAACAAGAACGCGCGCUGCGAGAUGCUCAAGCAGAACCGGCUGUGCAUGGUGCGGCCCUGCGACAUGGACAUCAAGCAGACGCCGCCCCCCACCGCUGACAUGCAGGAUGACGGAGCGUGCAUGAAGACCCAGAGGAGUCCAAAGGCCAUCCACCUGUCCUACAAGAACUGCACCAGCGUGCAGGCCUACCGGCCGCGUUUCUGCGGCGGCUGCAGUGACGGACGCUGCUGCACCCCUCACAGCACCAAGACGGCCCAGGUCAAGUUCUCCUGCCCCAACAAGCGCAUCAUCAAGAGACCGGUCAUGUUCAUCAACACCUGUGCCUGCCACCACCACUGUCCCCAGGACAACGGCAUCCACCAAAGCUCCGACAUGAUGUUCCCUGGAGGGCUUAGGCUCUAAAACCUUCCCGGAACUUUCCAGAAGAUCCCAUAACAACGCUUUAGAGAGGCUCUAGAACCUUCUUAGAACAUUCCAGAAGGCUCCAGAACACCCUUUAGAGUGACUGACUCAUCUCAGAGCCCUGUGAGGUAUCUUCUCUGUAAUGAGCGAAUGGGCUUGCUUUAUUCUAUUCUGCCCUCAAUUACAACCAAAGUUUUAUAUUGUACUUGAUUUUAUAUAGACAGUAGAUGAUCUGUUUGCUGCUACCCGGGGCUGUAUGAGUACUAAGGUACUGCACUCAGUCUGGCCAUUAGGUAGAGACCUCCCUUUGACUGUUCAAAGGGCCAUGAGUUAU